CCGGGUGUCAUGGAGGCCGCGAUGGUGACCCGGGCGGCCGCCCGGCGGCGAGAGCGGCAGCGGGCGAUCGCGGAGGCGGGGACGCGGGAGGAGUCGGGGCGGCGGCCGAGGUGGCGGCGGCGGCCGGGGAAGAGAAUGAGGGAGGAAGAAGCAGCCGUCUUUCGAGAAGUGGUCAGUUUUAGCCCGGCUCCUUUGCCAGUUAGAUAUUAUGACAAGGACACCACCACACCUACCAGCUUUUACUUGUCUUCGCUGGAGGAGCUCUUGGCGUGGGCGCCGAAUAUGGACGACGGCUUCAACGUUGCCCUGGAGCCCUUGGAGCACCGCCAGCCCCCUCUGAGCAGCCAGAGGCCCCGAACCUUGCUGUGCCAUGACAUGAUGGGCGGGUACCUGGAUGACAGGUUUAUUCAGGGCACCGCGGUGCAGAACCCCUAUUCCUUCUACCACUGGCAGUACAUCGACAUCUUUGUGUACUUCAGCCACCACACGGUCACCAUCCCCCCGGUAGGCUGGACCAAUGCUGCCCACAGGCAUGGGGUCUGCGUGCUGGGGACUUUCAUCACGGAGUGGAGUGAAGGGGGGAGGCUCUGUGAAGCCUUCCUGGCUGGGGACGAGCGUUCGUACCAGGCGGUGGCCGAUCGGCUCGUCCAGGUCGCCCAGUUUUUUCGUUUCGAUGGCUGGCUGAUCAACAUCGAGAACUCGCUGAGUCUGGCUGCCGUGGGGAACACGCCUCCUUUCCUCCGGUACCUGACCACGCAGCUGCAUCAGCAGGUCCCAGGGGGCCUGGUGCUCUGGUACGACAGCGUGGUGCAGAGUGGGCAGCUCAAGUGGCAAGAUGAGCUCAACGAGCAGAACAGGGUCUUCUUCGAUUCCUGCGACGGCUUUUUCACCAACUAUAACUGGCGGGAGGAGCACCUGGAGCGGAUGCUGCGGCAGGCCGGCGAGCGCCUGGCCGACGUGUACGUGGGCGUGGACGUGUUUGCUCGCGGGAACGUGGUCGGAGGCCGGUUCGACACGGACAAGUCGCUGGAGCUGAUCCGAAAGCACGGGUUCUCGGCAGCUCUGUUUGCUCCCGGCUGGGUGUAUGAGUGUUUGGAGAAGAGGGAUUUCUUCCAGAACCAGGACAAGUUCUGGAGUCUGCUGGAACGCCACCUGCCCACACACAGCAUCUGCUCCUUGCCCUUUGUCACGUCUUUCUGCCUGGGCAUGGGGACACGGAGAGUCUGUUACGGCCAGGAGGAGGCCGUGGGGCCCUGGUACCACCCGAGCGCCCAGGACAUCCAGCCCUUGUUCGGGGAGCACAGGCUAGGAGGGGACGGUGGCGGCUGGGUGAAGACGCACUGCUGCCUGGCGGAUGCCUGGCACGGCGGCAGCUCCCUGCUUCUCCGGGGCACGAUCCCACCUGAGGUCGGGAACGUGGCCGUGAGGUUAUUCUCCCUGCAGGUCCCAGUGCCGCCCAAAAUCUUCCUGUCCAUGGUCUACAGGCUUGAAGGGCCUACGGAUAUCGGGGUGGCUUUGGAGCUCACCACAGGGGACACCAGCAGCUGUCACAUCAGUGGCAUCUCAGUGCUGAAUGAAACGAGCUCGAGACACAGUCCCCGACCCCUCCGAGUGCCCCCAGCCAAGCUGGCCAGAUGGGCGGGCCGCUGUCGCCAGCCACUCAGUGGGGGCUGGGUCCAGCGCUGCUACGAGGUGAGCCUGCGCGGGUGCCUCCUGCUGGACCUCUUCGUUAACUUCUCUCGGCCGCCGGGCAGCCAGGAGCAGGAGAGCUUUGUCUGUCGCCUCGGAGAGAUCCAGGUGACGCGUCCCGGAGGGGCUUGGGCGAGGGGCUUGGUCGAGAUGUCCGUCCAGCUGGAAGUUGGGCGGAGCCGGGGUGGAGUCAGGCCGUGCAGGUGUGUGGGUCGGGAGCCUUCCCGCCAUCCCUGGGGCGAGACUGCUGAGCCUGCUCUCUCUUGCCAGGUGGUGGAUGCCAACAGCCUGCUGGCGCCUCUGCCCCAGGUGCAGGCGGUCACCGUCACGCACACCCGCUGGCAGCAGGCUGCCCCUGCUCAGCUCCAGCUCAGCUGUACCCUGUACUGGUCCUAUCCCCUCCCCCAGGUCCGUUGCUUCCGCGUCCACCACUGGGGAGGGGCAAGCGAGGGCUCUCGCGGCAGGGAGCCGCCGUGGCCAGAGAAGCCCACGUUCCUGGGCCUGGCUUUUGCCAACCAGUACCGGAUAGUGGACCUGCCGGUGGAAGCUGCUGGGCCCGGCCGGGACGGUCGUGUGGAGUUCCUGGUGGAGCCCGUCCCCAGGGAAGGGUUUCUGGUGCCGCAGGCCGAGUGGGGCCGGGCAGCCCUGCUCUACUCGGCGCCCGCGUGAGCACCUUCAAGGCGCCGCCGGCUCCCGGCCACAGCCUGAGGCUCCUUCGCGGCUCUCGGCCCCGGGUCUGCGCCGGUGAAGCGCGGGCAGUGGCGGCCAGACCCCGGUCCCAAGGGCUGGGUGCAGACCCUCCCUCUGCAGGAGGCUGGGACCCAGGCUGUGGCUCUUUGGUGGGGCCCUGGUAACAGGACAGCCCAGAAAUCAGUUUGCCGAGUUGAUAAUUCUGAGGUGAAUGAACGGCCUUCUGUUUCGUCUCCAUAGUAUAUAGUUCCCAGGAAAAAAACAAAAGGAUUUGAGGAAGUUUAGUCCAGAAAACUCCAUAAAGGAUAUUUCCUAACAGGCUGAGAGUGUGCCUGUCCUCCUGCAGAUGGGCUAGUGAGGAGCUUGAGUUGUGCAGCAGGGCCUUGGGGGCAGGCCCGGGGAUGGCUCUGGGCUGGCCCACAGCGGCCCUCAGGCGGGGCAGCAACACUGGCCGCCCGCAGGGUGGCGGGAGAGGGUGCCCUGCAGAAAGGCCCCUUUCUCCUUGGGGACGGGAGCUCAGGGCCAGCUGGCACUGGCAUUACAUCCCCACGUGGGCAGGGCAGGCCACCUCCAGUGUCCCUGUGAGCCUGAAGUCAUUUCUGGAGAGUUUGCAUCAGCCCCCAGCGCUGCUGCGUCUCCUCCAGGCCGUGGGCCCCCAGCGAAGCUUGCACCAAGGCCGUCUGCACGUGUGGGCCCCGCCUCCGCCCGGCCAGAGCCGUGGGCUCCAGAGAAGCUUCCGUCGGGCUCAGCCCGCAGCCUGCGUGCGGACGCUCUGGGCCCUGGUGGGGCUUUUCCAGCUAUUUUGUUCCUUCAUAUCCUCCCCUCUCAGCCUCCCCCAGGGCCCGGGGAGACCUAGAGGCGGCCCCCGGGUGGGCGUUGGCCCAGGUACAUGGGAGCAUGCGGGAGGCAGGUCGUCCCCACUGUGUCCUGCCCUCUCUGUGCUUCCCUUCUCCUCCUUCCCGAGCUCUCCUUCCCCCCUGCCCAGACGGGUGUGUCUGUGUGGGAUUCGGGAUUCGGCAGGAGGGCCACAGGUGAGCUGGAGGCUUCUGCAGCCACACAGCUCCCUGUUGACAUCUGGGCUGCCCCGGAGGCUUCCCGGCAGUGUGCAGACCCCAUGCCUUGGGUGACCCUGCUGGCCCUCUCCCUGCUGUCUGCUCCCGUCCCCAAGCAGGAGAGGUCUGUUGUGAUUGACAGGGUCAAAGGCCUCAAGCCCCUCGCUUUUGGGGGGGGGGGUGUCUCUCACCUGCAGGCCACAGAGGGCCAGUCAGGGUUACCUGCCCAUCGCUGCUGUCCUCUUCUGUGGUGUGGGGCGGAGCCGAGGGCUAGGAUGCUCUGUGACCCCAGCAUCUUCGGACUUGACUUUUCUCUGUAGUAAGGGGAGAGGCCACCAGGGCCAGCCCAGCCAUAGCCCUUCCCUGUCCUGAGAGGGUACGCUAGGUACUGUCAGUGCUCUGAGCACCAGAUCCCCUCCAGGGGCUGCAGCUGGCCUCUUUCUCCAUCUUCCCCAUUCUCCUGGGUGCUCAUGUGCCGAGCACCGGGCAGGAGGCCCUGGGACGAGGGGCUCUGUGCUCUUUCCUAACGGGGAGCGUUCUCCCGUGUCUCACCUGUGGCUCAGACAGCUCAGCCCCAGAGGGGAAACGAGUGUGCCGAGGAUGUGGGGCAGGGAGACCCUCUGCCGCCCGCUGCGACCCAGAGCAGUUCCGGGGCCUGUCCUGGCUGGGGGACUCCUGGGGCCCCACUCUGUGCCCCAGGGCAGGCUGGGCUGCCAGGGCUGGGCAGCGUGGCAUGAACGCUGCUUCCCUUAUUUCAUGAAGUCGCUUUUUUAAAGUGCCUGUUGCCCUGAAUAUUUUAUGCAGAGGAGGGAAAAUUUAUAGUGGCAAUUACUUUCUCACAGUCUGGUGCGCAAGCAAUUAGGAGUCAGGGGGCUUAGCAGAGCAUGGCGUGCGGCGGAGUCUCGCCACCCUGGCUCCCCAAGAGCGUGGUCCCCAACCCCAACAGUGACAGCUCGUGUACGGGAAAAUUAAUAUGCCAGCACUUAAGCCUGUGCCCCUCUGGUGGGUGUAAUCGCUCUGAAAUAAAUUAUCCAAUGUUGUGAA